AUGGCAAGAGGCCAGUCCACCCCCCUUUGUCACCGACCACAUCCCGUGGGGAAAGAGGCUGGAGGGACUGUGGCAUCUGCAUUUGGCCUGCAGGGAAUCUGGGUCCCCCUGGCUGUGGGUGGCCACGGAGGGCCGCGUGGUCAGGCUGCCCAAGGCCCCGCAGGCCAACCUGGUCAGGGUGGGAGGGUGAAGGGACAGGAAGCCUCAGCCCGGACCAGGUGUGGUGUGAACAGCCCACAGGGCCGGAACCGUCCAGAAGGCCUCAGCAUACGGGUCUGCUGCAGCAGAGCCAGGAGGGCACGGGAGGCACAGGUCCGGGCAGAGGCUCCACGUGGGGCUCGGCCAGUGGCCGUGAUCAUGCGUGGUUGCAAAGGCAGGCACCAGAGGGGCCAAAGGUGUUGGGGGCUGCACCCCACCCUCUCCCUUACCACCCCUUACCACCCCGUCCAGCGACGUCCACGUAGAUGGGGUUGUGAGGGGUGUCCACACCUGGCCUGCUGCGGCUGCCGCCCAGCUUCCUGCUAG